UGAUGCUAUAAAUUUUAUUGUUUUUAGUGGUUUCGACUUUUGCAUAGGAAGAGACAGAAGAAGAAAUGUAUAAGCUUAUAUGAUAUCAAAGUCUUUCAAGGAAAAUUGGAGCUUGUUGGAUAAAGACAAUAAAGGAUAUUAAUAAUGAGAAAGAGAGUAUGAAUCAAAUAAUUGAGAGUAUUGAAAAUGGAAACAAAACUUUAAUAUUUCAUAAAGUCCAAAUGUAAAUGAUUUUAUCUUGUGUCUAAAUUAUUGAUGUGAAUAAUGAGGUAAAUCAUUUCAAUAAUAAAUUAGAUCUUAUCAAGUUUGGCAUAUAAGGAAGUGGUUAAGGACUUUAGUUAUAAAUAAUUUAUUGGGAUUGAUGUUACUUUAACAAAAGAAGAGGAGGCAUUAUUGAAAAUAAUAAAGAAAUUGGAAAAGGAUUUAGGUGACAUGGACAAGAAAAAUAAAAUUAAAUAAACAUAUUAAUAGACUUAGAAGAUUGAAUCAGAAUGGUAAAAUGCAUGGAAAGAAUAAUAAUCCUAAGAAUCUUCUUUAUUAUCUAAACCUAAUUAUUUACAUUAUGCUUUUUUCUUGGUUCUGAUUGUUGCUAUUUUUGGAGGAGGUUAUUGGAGUUUAAAAUCAAUAUAAGGAAUGAACAAUUAAAAGAAUUAAAAGUAAAGAAAAAGAAAUUGA